CAAUUUCAGGCACACGUGGAGCCACACAAUCUCACCUAGACAAUCACAGUCAUGUACACUCUCCAGUAGCUCUUGCCCACGCCACACACACACUCACAGAGUCUUAAAAUCAUAUCCAAGCUCACACACAAGCUUAAUCCCCCAACCCCACCUUAUCGUCAGCCGCACAAAUUGUGCCCACAAUCGCAUAUAAGAUCACUCACUACAUUGCCUGUGGCCACGACACCAUCUCACGGUUUCUCCAGCACGCUUUCCUUCCCCUGCGACCUCCUCCCCUAGGGUCCCCUGGAGCCCGCGGCUGCCCGAAGGGGCGGAGCUGUCCUCUCAGAUAUAAGGCUCCUGAGCCAGCAGCUGCGGCUCCCAAGACCUCCGGAAGGCCAUGGUCGCCGCGCAGAUGCCCCAGCUCCUCUCCCCGACGGUGAUCCUGGCGCUUUUUUUCCUUCCCCAGGCAGGGCCGGCCGGCGUCUUCGAGCUGCAGAUCCACUCUUUCGGGCCGGGACCAGGCCCGGGCGCCCCGCGGUCCCCCUGCAAGGCUGCGGGCCCCUGCCGUCUCUUCUUCAGGGUCUGCCUGAGGCCAGGGAUCUCCGAGGAGGCCGCCGAGUCUCCGUGCACCCUGGGCGCGGCGCUGAGUGCGCGCGGACCGGUCUACGCUGCGCAGCCCGGAGCACCAGCGCCUGACCUGCCGCUGCCCGACGGCCUCAUGCGCGUGCCCUUCCGGGACGCCUGGCCGGGCACCUUCUCUCUCAUCAUUGAAACCUGGAGAGAGGAGUUAGGAGAACAGAUUGGAGGGCCCGCCUGGAGCCUGCUGGCGCGCGUGGCCGGCCGGCGUCGCCUGGUCGCCGGGGGCCCGUGGGCCCGGGACGUACAGCGCGCAGGCGCCUGGGAGCUGCGCUUCUCGUACCGCGCGCGCUGCGAGCCGCCGGCCGUCGGGGCCGCGUGCUCGCGCCUCUGCCGCUCGCGCGGAGCCCCCUCGCGGUGUGGCCCGGAACUGCACCCCUGCGCGCCGGCUGAGGACGAGUGCGAGGCACCGCUGGCAUGUCGAGCAGGCUGCAGUCCAGAGCAUGGCUUCUGUGAGCAGCCUGAUGAAUGUCGAUGCCUGGAGGGCUGGACUGGGCCCCUCUGCACAAUCCCCGUCUCCUCCAGCAGCUGCCUCAGCCCCAGGGGCCCAUCCUCUGCCACCACUGGAUGCCUCGUACCCGGGCCUGGGCCCUGUGACGGGAACCCGUGUGCCAACGGGGGCAGCUGCAGUGAGACCCCGGGGUCCUUCGAAUGCACCUGUCCCCGUGGGUUCUACGGGUUGCGGUGUGAGGUGAGCGGGGUGACAUGUGCGGAUGGACCUUGCUUCAACGGUGGCUUGUGUGUGGGCGGCGCGGACCCCGACUCUGCCUACAUCUGCCACUGCCCGCCCGGUUUCCAAGGCUCCAAUUGUGAGAAGAGGGUGGACAGGUGCAGCCUGCAGCCAUGCCGGAAUGGCGGCCUCUGCCUGGACCUGGGCCACGCCCUGCGCUGCCGCUGCCGCGCCGGCUUCGCGGGGCCGCGCUGCGAGCACGACCUGGAUGACUGCGCCAGCCGCGCCUGCGCCAACGGCGGCACCUGCCUGGAGGGCGGCGGCGCGCGCCGCUGCUCCUGCGCGCUGGGCUUCGGCGGCCGCGAUUGCCGUGAGCGCGCCGACCCGUGCGCCGCGCGCCCCUGCGCCCACGGCGGCCGCUGCUACGCGCACUUCUCCGGCCUCGUCUGCGCCUGCGCGCCCGGCUACAUGGGCGCGCGGUGCGAGUUCCCGGUCCACCCCGACGGCGCUGGCGCGCUGCCCGUGGCUCCGCAAGGCCUGAAGCACGGGGACCCGCAGCGCUUCCUUUUGCUGCCGGCUUUGGGACUGCUGGUGGCCGCGGGCCUGGCCGGCGCUGCGCUCUUGCUGGUCCACGUUCGACGCCGUGGCCCUGGCCGGGAUACUGGGUCUCGCUUGCUGGCGGGGACCCCGGAGCCAUCGGUCCACGCGCUCCCUGAUGCACUCAACAACAUGAGGACGCAGGAAGGUUCCGGAGAUGGGCAGAGCCUGUCCUCAGAUUGGAAUCGCCCUGAAGAUGGAGACUCUCGUUCGGUUUACAUCGUAUCUGCUCCUUCCAUCUAUGCUCGGGAGGUAGUUACCCACGUCUCCCCAUCUGCGCACAUUGGGCACGCUGGGCAGAGGCAGCCCUUGCUUUUCCCGUAGCUCUCCUUUAUCUGUGAAGUGAGCAGGGUAGAGUCUCUGGAAGGUCCUUUGCCCAUUUUUCACUUUUGACUUAAUUUAGUUCCACCUUGCAUCCCUUUUGCUAUCGUUUCGAGCUACUUAGCAUCUUCUCUUUGGAUGACCUUUGGGCCUCACAGGUCACAGUGCAGAGCCUCAGCCAGAGCUUCUCCACUGAUUUCCACUCACUGAGAAGAGGGAGGGGAGGUGGAGGGGUAGCCCUUUCUAAUGCUU